CCGAAAUGCUUGCCGUAUAAAACCAAGGUUUGCCCUACAGAGCACUAUCAGUUAGCGAUCGUUUCGAUUCUGGUGCAGUCAGUGAAAGCUAUUCGAAUAUGCUAAAAAUUGUUCUAAUCGCCUGCGUGGCCGUGGUAGCCGUUUCUGCUCAGUACUUCGGUGGGGAAUCAUACGGUCUGGGCGACGAAGGUGGAUACGGUGGUGGCGAAGAUGAGCACAAGGAUUACUACGCCCAUCCCAAGUACAAGUUCGAGUACGGAGUGCAAGAUCACAAAACCGGAGACCACAAGAGCCACUGGGAAAUCCGUGACGGAGAUGUGGUCAAGGGUCAGUACUCGCUCCAUGAACCCGAUGGCACGGAACGUGUGGUCGAAUACAAAUCCGACAAGCACUCAGGAUUCGAAGCUCACGUCAAGCGUGUAGGUCACGGCCAGCAUCCUCAGCUGUAUAUCGGAGCACUGCACGAGGAGGACGGCCACGGCGAUUAUGAGCAAGAUCAUUCCUUUAGCUACAACAACCAACAUCACCUGUGAGUGCCAGGCAGCGCCGCACGGUGAUGGGCGAUGGUUGAUGAUCCCGAAAGCAGCCAUAUUAUCCUUACGCGUAACUAUUCGAGACUGAAAACCAAAUACUCUUUUAACGAGAACGUGCCUGCCGAUUCCGCGCACUGGUGCGCAGGAGAAUCGGCUUCAUCCUAUCUGUUGUUUCAGCUGUCGACUGUUUUUAGUUUAAAUAUGCCCCUCAAUAAAAAUGCGAAAUGAAAA